GAGGCUGGCAGCCGCGACACCCACACGUUUGUCACUCGUCUCGUUCUCCGCCUGUAUACCGCUCUUGUUGUGCUUCGCAGAAAUGGCUGAGGAUUCGUCAUUCAUCUGGCUUCGGCCGGCCACGGAUUUUGAGGCUGUUCUGAACUCUGCCAACAAAAAAGGCUAUUUCGUAACUGUGUAUGGGUUAACGUUACGCUCCGCUGUGCCCCUCACCGAAGACCACAUCAAACGUGCACUGCUGCACACCUUCAGGAAAGUUCCAACCCUGAGGAUGUGCUUCCGAAAACGGAGUAAUAUUCUGUGGGCUUGUGACAUGAACCGCGAGGAGCUCAAUUUCCAGGUGAUGGACACAAAAGACGUGACCCAGGCCAUAGAAUCGCUGCUACAUCACAAAUUCCCCACCACUGAUGGCCCACUGUGGUGCGCCCGCGUCCUGCCUUGUGACGCCACUGUCCCUAGUGUACGACCAGAACUGGAUGCCGACUUUCCUCAUACCCGUCUGAUGCUGCUUGCUAACCACCACGGUAUCGCUGACGGUACCACAAACAUGUUCAUUACGGACGCAUUUCUUCACAUCUUGGACAACGUGGUCACUGGCACUGCAAUCGACGACACAGUUCAGCUUGGGAGGCUGGUCGCCGGAGAGGAGACAGAUGCCAUACUUAAUGCCAGGAAAGCUGAUCUUGAAAAGGACGAGAAUCACCUAAAGCUGCUGAUGGAUAAAAUUAAGAAGUUGAAGACUGAAGAGAAACUUAUUCCUCGAGUUUAUCCGAUGCCCAUGGACCCCAACUUCAGGUGUCAGAUUGUUUUGGCGGACCUGGACAGGGAAACAACCCAGAGAUUCAUAAAGAAAUGCAAGAAAGAGCAAGUCACCGUGAACAGUGGUCUGGUGGCUGUGUUUAACGUGGGUCUCGUUGACUUUCUACGAGAGGGAGGCCUUGAGCAGGACGAGUACCAUAUUAACGAGAUGCACACCGUCAGUAUGCGACGUUACUGGUCAGGCGACACGGCAGGGACCUUGGGCGUGCACAUGAUGGCUCUCCAGAACAUCGUUUCUACGCCAGCAAAGUGGCGGGACAACUUCUGGGAAUACGCUAGAAUCGUACAUAAGAAAAUUGGUCAAAUGCUCCAAGAGAAAGAAGCGGUGAUGUACGUCAUAAAGAUAACACUGGAAUUACAAGGAAGGGACAAAGAUGAACUUUUUGAUGAGCGACCAUACCCUGAGAUUGACUAUGGCGCGGCUAACAUGGGCAACGCAGACAGGCUAGUACAGACGGAGGGGCGGCAAGUGCGGCUGACGCACCUCAUUAGGGUCACCUCCUGCUUUAACGACCCGAUGUACCACCUGUUCCAUACCCUCCAUGGCUGCCUAAUGUACAGCCUCACUUAUGCAAAUGAUAUCCUCACGCGGGAGACAGCACAAAAGUUGGUGGAUAAAACCUUCGAAAACUUGAGAGCCCUGGCAUGGGAGUGAAUCAGCAUCGCUUCCAUGCACUGGUGCCAAGGUCACAGAUAUUGUCUUCAGAUAUAAAUCGUUCACAAUUCAACGAGGGAGAAAACACCUAACUAAUACCCAAGGACAUGGAGUCCGAGUCGAGGUUUAGAGUUCAACUCUAUAAAAAUUCAACUAUUCCUCCUCAAAAUCAACAACUUUCAUAAUAUGCGUACCCGUAAAUCUCUAUUACUCGUUAAAUUGGCAUCAUUCGUUAAGUAAUGGUUUCUGCGCCGCUCAUUGGCCGAUUGUUAAACUGGCUCUAACCUGCAUCAAAUUCCGUUUGUAAUUAACAUAGCCUGCUGUGUCUCGGCCUCUGCGGGCAUGAUGGAAUGAUGGAAUGUAAAUGAAAAAUAUUCAUAUAACUGUUCUUCCUUAUGGCCAUUUGUUACAAACAAAUAAUGAAAAUAUGCCUCGAAUUUAAAAAUAGCAUGAUGAGAGGAAUUACUUCCCUAAGCCAAAUGUUUACAUAAUGACUACGUAGCAUUACUACACAUUACGACUAACAAAAUACCAAUAAAUCUUACAACAGACGAGUUUUAAGGAUAUUGUGUGGACUACAGACUGGCACUUUGUAUAGGUAGUAAAAGAAGGAAAAGAAUCCAGCCUUUACAGUUCUUUCAGAUAUCAAAUUUCUCGUUUCAGUCACUGGAUGUUGCCCCUUCCGUUUAGUUCCGACGUUUUUUAUUACAUUUUUGCCUUUUGCCCUGGAAGGCUAACUUGGCCUGGAAUGAUGAUCGGCCCCAACCCGUUAUGGCGCAGGCAAGUCUUUAUAGGAGCGCCAUCUUGCUAAGGUCUGUUUGAUGUGUCGUUCACGUUUAUCUUCAACAGUUUGAAACCCACACAUUGUAUGAUAAAGACGUCUUUAAACUAAUAUGUAUAUCUAUCACCAGAUACCUUAUAACUCAAAAGGGAUUUUUACAGGAAUAUUGAGUCACUUCUCUGCAUGUAGGAACAACUUAACAACAGGCCAAUGAGCGCGAUAAGGCCAUCACCCAAGCAAUGAUCCCAAGUCCGCGAUUUCCUCCCUAAAAAAAAUCCACGCCAAGUUACGUGACAUCGACUAUAAUCUGAUAGUCAAUCUGCUUGUCAGUCUCUCUCUCUCUCUCUCUCUCUCUCUCUCUCUCUCUCUCUCUCUCUCUCUCUCUCUCUCUCUCUCUCUCUCUCUCUCUCUCUCUCUCUCUCUCUCUCUCUCUCUCUGUUUAAACACUUUAAACACUGUAUUAUGUUUGUCACAUACGUAUAUAAAGUUACGAGCAAGAUUUUUUUAUUUGACAAACAGCCUUUUUUAAGCGACGCUUUUUGGGCAGAAGAAAGUGGAAAACGAAAACGAGAAAAUAAACUUGUAGCAAACAAACAAGUAGCCAGAAACGGCUGCAUAAUAUAAUAUAAUAAAUAGGUGGCAAUUACAAUGCAAGAGAGAAG